CCAGCUGGUCAUCAAUGUGUCAUCGUGGCCAAGUUAGGAUCAUCGCGUCAUUGGCAACAGAGCCAUCGCGUCCGCUUCUUGAAGCACAUGGUUGAAACACUGACACACCCCUCCCCUUCUCGUGUAAAGUCCCGUGACGACGCGCCGCGGCAGUUUCUACAGUUUACUUCGGGCACAACUUCUAUUCGUUGUUAUUCACAGUUGGAGUGCCGGCGUUAAAACAGAAGAGGUUUUCCAAAAUGCACUGUCUGAAGAACAUACGUGCAUCAAAUACUGGCGUUUUCAAACUGCUUGUACAAAGUGCAUUGGUUCAGGCUCGGAGUGGAGGCACAGGUGUGAUCCCUCUUCCGCCCGUCGCACCGCCAUUCAGCACCAGCGGCGCCUCAGCUCUCAGCCAGCAUGCGCGUCAUCAGCCUAGCGUCUCCAACUCAGAGCAGGCACAGUUCUGUAAAGGAGUGGUCACUAGUCUUCAGGAUCUGCUGUUUUACACCAUCACCCAAGGAGAGGAAAAAAUUCCUGUUUCUCGCUUCAUCGCUGCUCUGAGGAGCACGGGGUUGAUGCCCUCCGACCCCAGACUGCGGGACUGCAUGCAUCAGCUACAGCAGUCCAUCCACGAGUCCACUGGGACGGUGAUGAUGGACCAGGAGCUUUUCAGGAAGUGUGUGGGCACCAACAUUGUGCUUUUGACACAGGCCUUCAGGAAGAAGUUCAUUAUCCCCGACUUUGAGACGUUCGUCUCCCACAUCAAUGAAAUCUAUUACUCUGUACAGCGUCAGGAUGGAGGACAGGUGGCAGACUACAUUCCACAGCUGGCUAAAUUAAAUCCGGAUUCAUGGGGAGUUUCCCUCUGCACAGUUGAUGGCCAGAGGCACUCAGUGGGGGACACACGGGUGCCGUUCUGUCUGCAGUCAUGUGUGAAGCCGCUGGAGUACGCGGUGGCCGUGCAUGAGGCGGGCAGUGAGGAGGUGCACAGAUACGUUGGGAAAGAGCCCAGUGGACUCAAGUUCAACAAGCUUUCUCUGGAUGAAGAUGACAAGCCACAUAACCCCAUGGUGAAUGCAGGAGCCAUCGUUAUCAGCUCACUUAUUAAGCCUGGAGCAAAUAAAGCAGAGAAGUUUGACUAUGUGUUGGAUUAUCUGAAGAGAAUGGCAGGAAUGGAAUAUGUCGGCUUCAAUAAUGCUACUUUUCAGUCCGAGAAGGAGACGGGUGACAGGAAUUACGCUAUUGGAUAUUACCUCGCAGAGAAAAAGUGCUUCCCACAGAGAUCUGAUAUGAGUGCCGCUCUGGACUUCUACUUCCAGCUGUGCUCAAUAGAGGUGACGUGUGAGUCAGGCAGUGUCAUGGCUGCCACGUUGGCUAACGGAGGGAUUUGUCCUAUCACAGGCGAGCUUGUGCUGAGUGCAGAAGCUGUGAGGAACACACUGAGUCUCAUGUACUCCUGUGGAAUGUAUGACUUCUCUGGACAGUUUGCCUUCCACGUGGGCUUACCUGCCAAGUCAGGCGUGUCAGGCGCCGUGCUCCUUGUGGUCCCCAACAUCAUGGGCAUGAUGUGCUGGUCUCCACCACUGGACAGAGUGGGCAACAGUGUGAGAGCAAUCCACUUCUGCCAGGAACUGGUGGAACACUUUAACUUCCACAACUAUGAUAACCUGAAGCACUUCGUCAAGAAGCUAGACCCACGGAGGCAGGCGGGCGAGGACAGGAAUAAAUCUGUGGUUGACCUGAUGUUUGCUGCCCAUAGUGGAGAUGUGUCAGCUCUCAGAAGGUUCGCACUGUCUUCUAAGGACAUGGAGCUGAGUGAUUAUGAUCGACGGACUGCACUCCACGUGUCUGCAGCUGAGGGUCAUAUGGAGGCCGUGCUCUUUCUAACUCAGAUCUGCAAAGUCAACCCACUGGUGAAGGACAGAUGGGGAAACACUCCACUGGACGACGCUCUCCAGUUCUCCAGGGAGGACGUGGUGAAUAUUCUCCAGGAGUACCAGGUGCUGUACAAACAAACAGACACCUCCUGUCCCACAGAACCGGCACUGGUACCUGAGGAGCAGCAGAAGCUAGAUGCUCUGAAAGGCCUGGUCUGACCGCAGGCAAGACCCCUCCUUCAGCUGUGACCUGAGCCAGGCACCGGCACACGAUCUCGUAUUGAAGAACUGGUUGGUUCUAGCUGUUUGUUACCCUAUGAUGGGUGUAGAGGUGUCUUUUGGGGGACACAUCAAUGCAGAAGAGUUUAGGUGAUGGAAGGUUUUUCCAACAUAACCGCUGAGUUCAUGUUGGCAGUAAGCAGUUAGCUGUGAGACAGUCCUGUUAAACCAUCAUUUUGUUAAACUGCCAUCCAUCGAGUUGUGUACAGAGUGCCAAGAUGUUUAUAUUACGUACUGGUUCAGUCAUGUAUAUUUAUUUUUGUAAAAUAUCUCUGUUGUCUUGAUCAGGUGUAUGUACUGUAUAUGUGUGGUGAUUUACACAGUGAAAUAGGUGUGAAUGGUGGAUAAACAUUCAGGUUGUACAUAGUGAUUGAAGGCGGUAUCAACACCUUCCGUUGGUCCCCCUGUGACAAGUUGAGAUAAGCUGCAGCCAAUAAUAACACAGCUACCUCUUUGCCAGUUAUUUUAGACUUCCUCUGUGAUGCUAAAAAAAUUUGUACAGGCAACAGAUGGUUCCUUUAUCAUCUCUAUCAGCCCUAAUUUGCUCUUCAAGAUGGUUUCGAGACUUUGCUCAGAGAUCUCUAAAAGACAAGCCUGUUGAUGUCAGAGAGUUGCAACCCUGACAGUGUGGACACCCCACGCUUUUUUGCAGUGAAGCCUUUGUUCCCUAUAACACUAGUUGCUCGUUGAAAAGUGGACAAUGUGUCAGAAAAGGAUGUAUGAAACUGUGAGGGAGACCCCAUUUGUGGAUCAUUUACUGGUAUCUUCACAUACACAUUCACCCAUGAAUUGUAGUUAAGUUGUCAGAUCAAACUAAAUUAUACAAAUUAUGACUGGCUUACUCCCAGACCUGAAGUCAUUAACGCCUGGACUGUGUGAUAUGUACAUAAUAUGUAUUUAUUUUUUUGAGGUAAGAAAGUGUGCCAAAUUGUUAUAACAGGGAAUAUCUGUGUGAAUAAAAAGAAGUCCUGACCAAA